ACACACACACACACACACACACACACACACACACACACACACACACACACACACACACACACACAGCCCCGGACACACCCCUAGGUUGGUGUUUCCCUAACUUGCUCGGAUCAACAGGUAGAGACUCAUUCUGCUGGCGCCAACCGUGAAGCCAUCAUGGAUUUGUUGAGAUUCGAGACGAUCCUCCUGCUCCUGUCCGUCGGAGGCGGUCUGGCCCAGGACGCGCUGCCCCACGGGCCUCUGUACGUGGAGCUGGGCCAGAACGUCACCUUCAAGACCACGGCGGACCUGGAGAAGUCUUUCAUCACCAUCAUCUGGUCCUUCAAGCACCCGGAGGAGGGCCCCGAACCCAUUAUCUCGCUGGCCGGCUCUGCGGUGAACGUGGUGGAGGCAUACGAGGGCCGCGUGUGGCUGAACCGCACCAACGGCCGGCUGAAGAUGGGCCCCACCACCGCCGCCGAUGACGGCGAGUACUCCGUCUCCAUGGUGGACGACAAGGCCGUCACCCAGACCGGGGAGAGAGAGCUGCGCGUGCUCGUGCCGGUGUCCAGCGUGCUGAUCGCCUCCAGCCCCCUGGAGGCUCUGGAGACCAACUCCACCGUCGUCCUCAACUGCUCCGCCCUGGGCUCCUUCCUCGUCUUCAGCUGGACCAACGGCACCACCCCCCUGCUGGGCGACGGCAAGAGGACCUCCAUCUCCACCGGGGAGCAGUGGAGCAGCGUGACCAUCCGGGAGGUUAACCGCUGGGAACUCCGCGGACCAAUCGGCUGCAGCGCCACCAACAAGCUGGAGAAGACGGUGAACAGCGCCCCCUUCAACAAGUCAGUCCACUGUGAGUACUGCGCCCCCUUCAACAAGUCAGUCCACUGUGAGUACUGCGCCCCCUUCAACAUGUCAGUCUACUGUGAGUACUGCGCCCCCUUCAACAAGUCAGUCCACUGUGAGUACUAAG